AUGGCACAGGAAAAGCCCGCCGCAAUGCAUUGCGAGAUCGACCUCCUCCAACUCCCCAUCGUCGACCGCCUCCCCACUUCGGUCGAAGACCACGACGAAGAAUGCAUUAUAUGCCUCGAAGACCUAGAAUCCAUCAAAUCCUACCGCCAACUACCUUGCCAGCACUUCUUCCACCAACCGUGCAUUGAUGACUGGCUGACACGGCGCAAUGCAAGCUGCCCGCUCUGCCGACGAACCUUUGAGCACUUGCGCCGACCGUGCCCGCCACCAACAAAUGAUGUUCCUGUCAUGCUUAACAGUAGUUGGGGUGCCGCCCGGCCUGUGCCGCGGUAUUUGCUGGUCGUGGGACCAGCCCCUGGAUCACCGGAGCUCACGGUCCCAGCUGUCAGCACAGAGGCAAGAGAGCCCGCGCGUCAGUCCGUACGGGCAUGGUGCAAGAGGAAGUUAAAGGUCGGACGUGUCGCUUGA